CGGUGAGUGAAAGAACCAUCGGAGAUGUCCUCAGUUUUCAUACAGUUGUUGCACCGUGUAGAGUCGCUUGCCGCACGUAAGCCGUCGAUCAUUCGUGUGCACUGUGCGAUUUAUUUGAUUCGUUUAAUUAUUGACAGCAUAAUAUUAUCGUGAACAGCGUUCGAGAAUUACUGCCUUGGAUAACAUAAUGCUGUUCUAGGAUUGAUCACUUAGAGCAUCGAAUGUGAUAAUUCCUGACAGAUGACGAUGAACACCAUUUCAGCUGACUGUGAACUGUUAGGACGCGGACCCAUUCAGGGUUCUACGGAUUCAGAUAGUCUAGCUGCAUUUGUUAAGCAAUUAUGCAAACAACAGCAGCGAAGUCGACUACCCGGGAGACGCUGUUCUGUUAUAUGCGGUGGUAAUCGGGAUAUUGGUUUGGAGAUUGUACCAUAUCAAAGAAGGCCAGAUGAUGAAGGGUUCGAGUCUGAUGAGGACUUAGCAUCUUUAGGUUCGUAUGAAGAUCCUAAUAAGGGCACGUCUCAAAAAACAGGAAUACCGACAACGGUAAUAGCGAGUUCAGACAGUGCUAAUAGCAGUGGAGUGUCCGAAGACAGUGAUGACGCCGAUUCUUCUUUUUUAAAAGAACAGCACGUUGUAUCAACAGUGACCACUGGCGAAAAUGAUCGUGAAAUUUAUUUAUUCUCGGAUGUUGCCUUUUGCCACACUGAUGCCGUCACUUUACCCGGUAUCGCUGUGUGGGUGAUCAAAAAUCGGAAAACGUCUACGACUUGUGGAAGUGGACUAGAGGCAAUUGUGGUCCGAGGUCGUGAUAAUAAAUUGCCUGAUGUUUGCCAGAGUUAUCAAGAUCAGAGUAAGAGGUAUAAGUUAGAAGCGAAACCGUGGAACGGACCUUCCGGCAGUAAUAACAGCUCAGUGACACGACGCAAAGUGCCCGUAGGUAAUACUACAAAUACGCCACAACCUGUUACUGAGGUGAACAAGUACAAUUUGGUACAACGAACUGAUACAGAUGGCGUGACGCAUAUCGAAGUAACUUCAGGUCCUAUUGUAACAUUGACGGGUAACUCGUCAGAUUUACGACACAAAGAUGGAGCCCCAUCGAGUAUUAUAAGCAUUAGUACACCAGAUUCACCUGUACCAAACGAAACUAUAAUUUGUCAUGAUAACAAUGAUGAAAAUAUGCCACCACCACAACGACCGGAGAGGAGAAAAUAUAAGGCAAAAACUGAAGACGACGGUAGUAGUGGAAGGCAACAGCAAAAAGUCGUCAGGGGACAAUUCAUUCGAGUGACCGUUAACAAUAGCAUUGUUCCUUCAAGCCCGGAACCUGAUAGGAAAUUAGCAACUUCAACUGACGUGAAAAAUUCUCAACCUGCUCAAUCCCAGUCAUCCGCUGAGAGACUUUGGUCGACCGCCGACUAUGAUAGACCGGAUGGUAGGUACGAGUCUCAAAGACGGUUUACUCGACAGGGUGGUAGAACAAGGAGCAGGAGUAGUGGUCCCAGUCGCCGUCAACAACCACUUCAAAUAGCUCAACCUAUUCCUGCUCCGAUAACGUUUAGUAGAUAUGAUCAGCCAGUCGUACCACUACCAACAUCUUUUGGUACUAGGUUUUUUGGUAAACUUCGAGAAAUCACGUCUAGUAGUCCUCCGCCAUUAGAACAAACUGUACCGUUUAGGCGUCGAAAUAGUGUUGGUGAAACUGUGACUUCAAACUUUUAUCAAUAUUUUAGCCAUCAUCAUCACCAUCACCAUCCUCAACAACAACAGAGUCAUAACUUUUAUAAUAGAAUUCAAUCACAACAAGUCAAUAAUGGUGGCCAUCUAAAGUCUGUUAUCAAAAAGAAUAAUAAGAACAGUCAACCUUAUCAACAUUAUAAUGACGAACCAAAAAAAGUUACUUUCAGCGCAUACGCCACUGUUCAAGUGGUUGACUGAAUCACUGGUUACAUGGCUUUGAUUGUUAUCAAUUUAAUUAAUAUUAUAUUGUAGUCAUGUUACCAAAUUAGACGUAUUAAAAAAUUAUUGUCCCUCGGGUAAAAUGGCGUAAAAUUGAAUAGUUAUAAUUGAAACACGUAAUGGAUUAUUAUAUAAUUAUUUUUAUUUGGGUAUUUGGUGAGUUCAAAAAAUCAACCAUUAUAAUUAUUAUUUAAAAUAAUUGUUUUUCUUCGUUGAUUAUUAUUUAUUAUUAUUGAUUCGUUAUUAUAAUUAAAUAUUUUUGAAUUAAUUUAUGAAAAAUUAGUAUGAAAUGAAGACAUUUAAACGUGCGCAUUACAUUUAUCACGUAAGAUUAAUUAGAACAAAUCAUACUGUCCAAUUGUCAAGCAGAACAAUUAACGAUGUUUAAUUAUAUAUAUAUUCAAAUAAUUUUGUCAAACUCACGCCAUCUUACCCGCGGUGAUCAUACAAUAUCAUGAAUCGUCGUGUUAUUAAUACUACUAUUUUAGGUUAUACUAGUUGCUCAUUCACAAAAAAUUUUCAUUCAGUACUACAAUGUAUGAAAACAAUAGAUUGUUUUGAUAAUUAUAACACCUAAAUAUUGAGUAAUAUUUAAUAUUAGUAACAUUAAGUAUUCAUUUUAUUAUAAUUACUAUAAAAUUCAUAAUAGUAACAUAGUAAUUAUAUCCUUAUUUUAUCUAUCUGUAUUCAUUUCUUUUAAACUGUUCCAUCUUUCAUUUCACAAUCAUAUUAUUUCAACGAUUACUAUUAUACUUAUAUAUUAUGUAUUUGUACACGUUAUCAUUUUUUAGUCUUUUUAAAUUUAUUUAUGACCGUGUAAGCUUACAUCUUAUGUAAAUAAAACCAAUAUAAUGUUAUAC